AUGGGCAACCUGAUAAAGGUAUUGGGCAAAGAUUUAGAAAACUGUCCUCAUUUUUUCCUGGAUUUUGAAAGUAAGUCCCGUGAGCUGGGUGGGGGCGGGGAGGGGGCCAGGGCCACUGCUGCGGCUGCUCUCCGGAAUAUGGGGACAGGCAUGGUGUCCCUGAGCGGCCCCGAAUCCUGUAAGCGGGACAAUGCCUUAGCCAAACAGUUUGCCGAGAUUCUCCACCUCACCCUCAGCUUCGAUGAGCUCAAGAUGACCAACCCCGCCAUCCAGAAUGACUUCAGCUACUACAGAAGGACCAUCAGCCGAAAUCGCAUUAACAACCUGCAGCUGGAUGCAGAGAGUGAGGUGAACAACGAGAUGGCCAACAGGAUGUCCCUCUUCUAUGCCGAGGCCACCCCCAUGCUCAAAACGCUCAGCAAUGCCACCACCAAGUUCGUUUCGGAGAACAAGACCCUCCCGAUCGAGGACACGACCGACUGCCUGAGCACCAUGGCCUGCGUCUGCAGGGUGAUGCUGGAGACCCCGGAGUAUCGGAGCCGCUUCACCAACACCGAGACCCUCCUCUUCUGCAUGCGGGUGAUGGUCGGCGUCAUCAUCCUCUACGACCACGUCCACCCUGUGGGGGCCUUCGCGAAGACCUCCAAGAUCGAUAUGAAAGGCUGCAUCAAGGUCUUGAAAGACCAACCCUCAACCAGCACCGAGGGGCUCCUGAAUGCACUGAGGUACACCACUCGGCACCUCAACGACGACACCACGUCCAAACAGAUCCGGGCCCUGCUGCAGUGA